AUGAAGAUCUAUAAAUCAUUUGCAUUUGAUCAAAAUAUUCCAUAAACAGAUUAUGAGAAAUAUAUCAAUCCUGAUGAUUUAUUGAAUGAGAGUUUUGAGGAAUUGAAAGGAGAAUUCAAAAAUUAUAGAACAAAAAAAGGAAAAGACAUAAUAAAACAAGAAAUGGAAAUGAGAAAAUAAUUGUAAUAGAAAAGUAUGAUCGUUAUAUUUUAUUGUAGGGAAAAAAAAUUAAUCUGGAUUGAUUGUUUAACAAAAAAAACAUGAGGACCAAGAUAAUUAAAAAGACAUGCUUGGAAAUAUUGGAUUAUUGAUACGAUAAUAAGAGAGGAAGUGCAAAUAAAUUAAAAAGGAAGUGCAGUCGCGUACAUAAUUGAAUAUAGACAUGCAGCAAACUUUGGUUAGGAUUAUACAACGAUGAAACAGAAAAUCCAGUAAUUUAUUUAUGGGGACAAUUUAGGAAGACUGAUGUGACAAAAUAACCAAUUUUCAGUUAAGAAGACUUUGCUAAGUUGAUUUAAAGAGAGGAUGAAGAUGAAUUAAUAUAAACAUAAACAAGAACAAUGCAUAAACCUAGAGAGUUUAUAUAUUUUAAAAUUAUUUAGGGGUUUCAAGUCUAGAUUUAUUGAGAAAUAGAUACCUAUGUAUAAAAAUAUGGAGUAAUCAUCUGAAAUUGAUUCAAAAAAAUAAAUGGACAGCAAAAUAUUAACAAAAUCAAAUAAAACAAUUAAAUAGUAUAAUAAUUAAUCAGAUAUACAUAGAUUUGGUCUUUAAUAAUCUCGAGAGUCCCCUUCUAAUGCAAUGUUUGAAGGUGAAGCAAAACGCAUAUCUAAAUCAUAUCUCUAUAAGACAUGGCUUAAAGGAGAGGAAGCAUAAAACAAGAAACUCAAGAAGCCAAGAAGAACAGAGUCUUAUCAUAAGGCAGCUGCUUAAAGGGAAGAAAUAAAAAGUCAAUUGAAAGAAAGAGCUUAAGUGGCAUUUAAACGUUAUGAAAGUAUGGGAAAGAGUAUAACAUUUAUUAAAAUCUUAAGCAUGGGAAAAGUUUGGAGUAUUUUCAUAGGAUAUUUUGGAUUUUCGUAUGUAAACAUUAAAAGAGGCUAAAAUUUAAAGAUUGUAUAUAUUAAAAAAUAAUUAGAUUACUUGAGUAACAAGAACAUGAUCUUAAAAAGAUUGAAUAGAAUGAGUAAUUAAUUGAUUUAUUUUUAUAGAUAGAGAGAUCCUGAUAUGCUUACUCGAUUAGUAAAAGUGAUUACAAAACCUAAUUCUGAUAAUAAAGAAGAAGUUAAAACAAACUUUGAAUAUCAUGAAUAAAGACUAAAGGAUAUGAGAACAAGGACUAGAUAAAUUUAGAGAGCUGGAUUUUGA